GAAUUAAGCUUUUAUCGAAAUGAAGAAAGAUUUGUGUUCAUCAGAGGAGUUUUUUUACAGGAGAGUUCAUCGUUUUAAAUGGAUGAUGAGUCACAGGUUUCAUGAAUAUAUAAACGAUGGACGUGCUUGAAACGGAAUACGAAGUUCAUUAAGUUGAUUGAUAAAAGACAGAGGCUAACGUGCACGACACUGGGAAACUAUUGACUGUUUAUAAUAAUUGAAAAAAAGAAAAUGAUAUGAGAUAAGCAACGAUAAGUCCGUGCAGUUUAGAUGCUGAGAAAAGUCCAACCGAGUAUGUGGCGCUGUCAGCUGAUGUGGGGGCUGUUGCUCCUGACAGCAGUGCCAUCCCGGGCUAAGUUAGGGACCUUUUGGCAUGUCAGCGACUUCCACCUCGACGUGAAUUAUACAGCUGGAGAUGGUGACGUAACGAAGAUGUGUUGGAAGAAAGCAGGGGGUUACGAUGGAGCGCAACCCGGGACCUUCGGAGACUACGAAUGCGACGCUCCACUUGCACUGGUGGAGUCGGCGGUGGACGCGAUGGAGAGAAUCCACCCGAAUCCCGAUUUUAUCAUGUGGACUGGUGACGACACAGCACAUGUAGACGACAACUCACUCACUAACGUCUUGAAAAAUAGAUUUCCAAACGCUGAUGUCUUGCCGGUCUUAGGCAAUCAUGAUUAUUAUCCCAAGAACCAGCUUCCACCGACAGAAAAUGAUCUACAGACCAAAGUUGCUGACCUGUGGAAAACCUGGUUAGCUGACGAAUAUGCAGAUUUUAAGUCUGGAGGCAGAUAUUACCGCGACAUACCCAACACCAGCGUGAGUGUCCUGGCCCUCAAUACCCUCAUUUGGUACAAGAGCAACCAGGUCACGGCGCCAGAAACUGACAACGACCCCGCCGAGCAGUUUAAGUGGAUCGACGACACCUUGACUGAACUUGCUAAAAGAAAACGGAAGGUGUAUAUUAUGGGCCACAUCCCGCCGGGCACGUUCGAGAGGUACCAGCAGAAGAAGGAAGGAUUCCACUGGUUCCAAGAAAGGUUCAAUAAGAAGUAUAUUGAGAUGGUGCAGAAACACGCCAACGUCAUCAAAGCUCAGUUCUUCGCUCACCACCACACUGAUUCCUUCAGGCUAUUCUUCAACGCGACAGACGCAACCCGCCCCGUCUCCUACAUGCUCCUAGUGCCGGGUGUCACUCCUUGGCGCUCUUCUCUCUCAGAGGAAACCGGUGCCAACAACCCUGGCAUCAGACUUGUGACUUAUGACACAGACACUGGCUUGGUAAAAGAGAUAUCAACGUACUACCUAGACUUAACCCAAGCCAACAAUAACAACAGAGCAGACUGGAAGCUGGAAUAUAACUUCACCAAAAAUUACCAACUGAACGCCAUCAACCCCACGACACUUUACAACCUCACGAAGACGAUGAAGACCAACAGGACCCUCUUCGACCGUUACUACAGCGCCAACACCGUGAAUUUAGAAAAACCCGAAGUCUGUCAGGAAAAGUGCCAACGCCUUCACUGGUGUGCCAUCACUGAGGUCGACUACGAGAGGUUUUCUCAGUGUAACGCAGCUUCCUCGACGUCUGCUUGGGCUGCCGGUACGCUGGUUGCUGCCGUGGUUCUUAUACUGAGGCCGUGGUAGGCUGGUUUGUGGGAUGGUGAAGGAGGUAGAAUUGUGGUAUUUUGGGAGAGGGUGUGUGGGGUUAUUGGUUUGUAGUUGAUGAUUCUCUCUCUCUCUCUCUCUCUCUAUCUAUCUAUCUAUCUAUCUAGCUAUCUAUCUAUCUAUCUAUCUAUCUAUCUAUCUCUCUCUCUCUCUCUCUCUCUCUCUCUCUCUCU